AUGGCGCAAAAGAAGUCCCAGCGGCAGGAAAUGGUCCAGGUCGACAGAUCAGAGAGGCCAUCGUCGCCUUUCUGGCGCGGGCGAUCAUCAACCCCUUGUCAGGCCUCGGGAAAGCCUACGAAAGUGAUUGGCGCGUCUUAUUCUCAUGCCGACAUGCUGAAGUUUGAUUCUCUGUCUCUGGGAUCGAAUUCAAGACCAAGAACGCCUCCAACAUCAUCAGCACGACCACCACAGACUCCUCCAUUAGACAGACAAAGUUUCCAGUCACCAGAAAGAAAACCAUAUCCUGGCUAUACUUCCUCUGCAUUAGGCGAGAGCUGGGACGUACUCGGCGGAGGAGAUCUCGAGGACGACGACGAUGAUUUCGUCUACGAAGACGACGAAGACGAAUUUGGCCUUCCCAGCAUAGCGAGCAUGCGCCGGAAGCACAGUAUGAAAACCAAAACAAUCAAAUCCCAACAAGUGACAUACCCUAGCAUUGCGCAGACCACUUUGACUCCAGCACUGGCACCUUCCCCUUUACCGCCUCGAGCCAGAUCGAGUAGCUUUGAUAUCGCCGAAGAACGGAACCCAUUGUCAUAUCCCAGUGCGAAGAAAGGAGAUGGGAAGAUUUUAAGACCUCAAUAUAAGGAGAUUUUGAAAGAUCCCGCGAAUUCUCUUCACCUAAUCAGCCACCCCGUUCUACCUCCAAAUGCUACACCCAAGGAAGCGGAGGCUCACAGCACAAGAAUCUCACGAAUCAACAAGUUCAAACGGAUUUUGCAGACGAGUUCCGUCUCCUUGCCGGACUUACGCGCAGCAGCUUGGUCAGGUGUGCCUGAAGAGGUGCGCGCCAUUACAUGGCAACUUCUGCUUGGUCAUUUGCCCACCAACAGUGAGCGUCGAGUUGCAACUCUUGAGCGAAAACGAAAAGAAUACCUCGACGCUGUUCGUCAGGCUUUUAGCUCAGGAACCACGGCAAGCCAUAACGGCUCAAACACUGGUCUGGCCAACCUUGCAUCUCAAUCACCAGCCAACACCGGGCGAGGACGUGGUCUAGACGAAGCAAUUUGGCAUCAAAUCAGUAUUGACGUCCCCAGAACGAACCCUCAUAUACCCUUGUACGCCUUUGAAGCUACGCAACGGUCACUGGAGCGCAUUUUGUACGUUUGGGCGAUUCGACAUCCUGCCAGUGGUUAUGUUCAAGGCAUAAAUGAUCUUGCCACUCCAUUCUGGCAGGUUUUCCUGGGGACCUACAUCACCGAUCUAAAUAUCGAGAGCGGGAUGGAUCCAGGACAACUCCCGAGAGCUGUGAUUGACGCAGUAGAAGCAGACACAUUCUGGUGCCUGACCAAAUUACUGGACGGCAUACAAGAUAAUUAUAUCGUGGCACAGCCGGGCAUUCACCGUCAAGUAGCCUCCUUACGAGAUCUCACCACCAGGAUUGAUGCCGGACUCGCUCAACACUUUGAAGACGAGCAUGUGGAAUACAUGCAGUUCAGUUUCCGGUGGAUGAAUUGUUUACUCAUGCGGGAACUGAGCAUAAGAAACGUGAUACGGAUGUGGGAUACAUACAUGGCAGAAGAAAAUGGAUUCUCUCAGUUCCAUCUUUAUGUGUGCGCAGCAUUUCUGGUGAAGUGGUCGGAGCAGUUGAUGAAGAUGAACUUCCAGGAGAUUUUAAUGUUUCUACAAGCAUUACCCACACGGGAAUGGACUGAAAAGGACAUCGAGCUACUGCUCAGCGAGGCUUUCAUCUGGCAAAGCCUAUUCCGAGGCUCGAGGGCGCAUUUACGGACGUCGAAUAGCACAGUACCCAUGGGCUCCCUAGGUCCAUCAAAUUGA